GCACGAUGGUCGCACAAGAAUGUGAUAGAGGCUCCGCGGCCGCCAUUUUCUUUCUUUCUUAGCAGUUGGCUGAGAGAAGGUCUGUGUGGACAGCGGUAGCGGCCACAGUAGGUAGAGAUGGCAGACUAUUCAACAGUCCCUCCACCCUCCUCUGGCUCAGCCGGCGGCGGAGGCGGCGGCGGCGGCGGCGGAGGCGUUAACGAUGCUUUCAAAGAUGCGCUGCAGAGAGCCCGGCAGGUAAGCCGGGGCCGCGCGGCGGGAUCCCGACGGCUCACGAUUGCAGCAAAAAUUGGAGGUGAUGCUGGUACAUCACUGAAUUCAAAUGACUAUGGUUAUGGGGGACAAAAAAGACCUUUGGAAGAUGGAGAUGGCUCUUGGACAAGUCCGAGCAGUACAACACACUGGGAGGGAAUGCCCUCUCCUUUUAAAGAUCAACCAGAUGCUAAGAAAGUUGCUCCUCAAAAUGACUCUUUUGGGACGCAGUUACCACCGAUGCAUCAGCAGCAAAGCAGGUCUGUAAUGACUGAAGAAUACAAAGUUCCAGAUGGGAUGGUUGGAUUUAUUAUUGGCAGAGGAGGUGAACAAAUCUCACGUAUACAGCAGGAAUCUGGAUGCAAAAUACAGAUUGCUCCUGACAGUGGUGGCCUUCCAGAAAGGUCUUGUAUGUUAACUGGAACACCUGAGUCUGUCCAGUCAGCAAAACGAUUACUGGACCAGAUAGUUGAAAAAGGAAGACCAGCCCCUGGCUUCCAUCAUGGUGAUGGACCAGGAAAUGCAGUUCAAGAAAUAAUGAUUCCAGCUAGCAAAGCUGGAUUAGUUAUUGGAAAGGGGGGAGAGACUAUUAAACAACUUCAGGAACGGGCUGGAGUUAAAAUGGUUAUGAUUCAAGAUGGACCUCAGAACACUGGUGCUGACAAACCUCUUAGGAUUACCGGAGAUCCAUACAAAGUUCAACAAGCCAAGGAAAUGGUGUUAGAGUUAAUUCGUGAUCAAGGUGGUUUCAGAGAAGUUCGAAAUGAGUAUGGGUCAAGAAUUGGAGGAAAUGAAGGGAUAGAUGUCCCCAUUCCAAGAUUCGCUGUUGGCAUUGUAAUAGGAAGAAAUGGAGAGAUGAUUAAAAAAAUACAAAAUGAUGCUGGUGUUCGAAUUCAGUUUAAGCCAGAUGAUGGAACAACACCUGACAGGAUAGCACAAAUAACAGGACCUCCAGACCGAUGUCAACAUGCUGCAGAAAUUAUUACAGACCUUCUUAGAAGUGUUCAGGCUGGUAAUCCUGGUGGACCUGGACCUGGUGGUCGAGGGAGAGGUAGAGGUCAGGGCAACUGGAACAUGGGACCACCUGGUGGACUUCAAGAAUUUAAUUUCAUUGUACCAACUGGGAAAACUGGAUUAAUAAUAGGAAAAGGAGGUGAAACCAUAAAAAGCAUAAGUCAACAGUCUGGUGCAAGAAUAGAACUUCAGAGAAAUCCCCCACCUAAUGCAGAUCCUAAUAUGAAGUUAUUUACAAUUCGUGGGACUCCACAGCAAAUAGACUAUGCUCGGCAACUCAUAGAAGAAAAGAUUGGUGGCCCAGUAAAUCCUUUAGGGCCACCUGUACCCCAUGGACCCCAUGGUGUCCCAGGGCCCCAUGGGCCUCCUGGGCCUCCUGGGCCUGGAGCUCCAAUGGGACCAUACAACCCUGCACCUUAUAAUCCAGGACCACCUGGCCCUGCUCCUCAUGGUCCUCCAGCCCCUUACGCUCCCCAGGGGUGGGGAAAUGCAUAUCCACACUGGCAGCAACAGGCCCCUCCUGAUCCAGCUAAGGCAGGAACUGAUCCAAAUUCCGCAGCUUGGGCUGCGUAUUAUGCUCACUAUUACCAACAGCAAGCACAGCCACCACCUGCAGCUCCCACUGGUGCACCAACUACAGCCCAAACCAAUGGACAAGGUAACUAUGGUGAUCAACAGAAUCCAGCUCCAGCUGGACAGGUUGAUUAUACCAAGGCUUGGGAAGAGUACUACAAGAAAAUGGGUCAAACUGUUCCUGCUCCUACUGGUGCUCCACCGGGUGGUCAGCCAGAUUACAGUGCAGCCUGGGCUGAAUACUAUAGACAACAAGCAGCCUACUAUGCCCAGACAAGUCCCCAGGGAAUGCCACAGCAUCCUCCAGCACCUCAGGGCCAAUAAUAAGAAGUGGACAAUACAGUAUUUGCUUCAUUGUGUGGGGGAAAAAUACCUUUGUUAAAUAUAUGGAUGCAGACGACUUGAUGAAGAUCUUAAUUUUGUUUUUGGUUUAAAUAGUAGUUUUUUUUUCUUUUGAAAAUGUACAAAAUAUCUAUCACUACUGAUAGGAGGUUAAUAUUUCUGUGUAGAAAUGAAAAUUGGUUUGUUUUUAGUAUUUAGUGUAGAUGUACACAUUCCAGCAAAUGUAUUUGCAACUAUUAUGUGGUCAAUGCUUUGUGAUAUAAAUGUACUUUUUCAAUGUAUACUUUCACUUUUAAAAUGCCUGUUUUGUGCUUUACAAUAAAUGAUAUGAAACCUCCUGUGUCGGUAAGUUGGAUAUGUGGGUAUUUAAAGAAUUCAUAAUUUCUUAGCAAUGAUAAAUUAAGAUACAUAUACACAAAUAUAUAAGCUUUCCCCAUGAAAUAUGAAUUGAAUUUUUAAACACUGGCAUGUUUUUUUUUCCCCUUGCAGUAUAGUAAUAGAUUGGAGGAUCUUUUCCAUUUAUUGUAUUUGGCUGUUUCAGCACAAGUAAUCCUGAUAUCUUCUUUAUUUAUUUUUUUUUUUUCCUUCUGUUUGAUUAAAAACUGCAUGUGUGUACAAUGAUCUUUUGGCAUACUUCCAUUGAAUUAACAGUGAAAUUUCCUUUUAUACAUGACCACUGUUUCAGACCUGUACUGCUGCUAUAACAGUUAACCUUUCUGUUCUUAAUUUGAUAAUUACUUGAUUUCCAAGACUGUUUCAGCAUAACUAACUUUAAAAGUUUUCAGAUAGUGAAUAUGAGUAGUCUAAUAAGAACAGUUUUUUUCAUGUGAAGCAACUCUUUCAAUGUAUACGAUAUUAGUGUGUUUCUUUCUAAAUUAAGGGUAGAAAAGUGAAUAGUUUGCAAAAAAGUAUAAUAGUUACAGUGCAUCUGCCAUUGAAACAUUAUUGGGAUAUGGAAAUGUUCAAGCUCUUUUUUUUUUCUUUUUGCAGUAUAGAUAAGCUUUGUUUUGUACAUGCACAAGUCCAGUCAUUGAAUCAACUUAAUUUUUUUAUGUACUUGAAAUCAUUUUAUUACUCUAUGACACUCAUGCUGAAGUUUUGAUAUUUUGUUGAAAUCCAUUGGUUUACUCUGCAUAUUUGUUGGCUCUUUGCAUAUUAAUAUAUUAGACUACAUGCAAAUACAGUCUGUCUUGCCAUUGUCUGUUGAAGUGCAGGUUUGAUCCAGCCAGUAUAGAACUAGCUCUGUAGGGGUGAGGAGGACUGUGCUGUGUAUCAUCCUUGAUUGUGUUCCUUCAAGGAGCAUUGCACUGUAAGUACAUCAGAAUGACAAAUUGAUGAACUGCAACAGUAUCUUUUUGUCAAUGUUCCACAUAAUGUAAAUGCCAUACUUUGUGUGAAUAUUAUGUUGGAAUACAGUGCUGAUAUCUUGGAAAACCAUAAAUGCUUCUUAAUUUAACAUAGAAUAAUACAUAGGUCUUUUUUUUUAAGUGAGCUCAAUGGGUAAGUAUUUUUUAUAUGCUUUAGCUAUAGCUAAAGAAAACUGAUCAUUAACAAAAUUGAAUAGUAUUACUCAUUGGUGCUCCUAAAACAUAUUGUUUUUCAGUAUAAUAUAUGCAUAUUUUGUAUACUAAUAAUGAAAGACUUGAAAUGUAUCAGACAGAAGUGGUUUUCAGUUUGCAAAUAUAUUAAGCAAUGUAGCAGUUUUAACACCAUUUCUUAAAUAUGUUCUUUCAUUGGUAGGGAGCACCAUUUGUUGUUUUGAAUAUACUGUAAAGAAAGAUGUACAAGAACAUAAAUGUUGAGAUUACCUAGGGUAGAAAACUAGCAGUACAGUUCAUUGUGGAUAUUUUGAAAUGUUUUUGAUUGUUUUAUAGAAGUUAGAGUGACUUCCACUACCCUUAUGUAGAUAUGGAUAUGUAGCUCUAGUUUGAAGUUUAAUCCUUAGGGAGUUAGUUAUCUGUUAUCUUUAAGAGUAGGGUAUUGACAUGAACAAUUUCAGUAUUUUGCAUGAUACUGUUUUAUAGAUGACCUUUAGGAAAGUGGUACAUUUAUUAAUUAAACUGAAGAGAUAGUUCAGUUAGAUUCAAUAUCAUAACUCACAAAUUGGAGGCUGUUGAUUUUGAUUCAUUUAAACUUUAAAAUCUUUAUUAAUUGCAAACAGUGCAAUUAUUUAUGCUUCACAGUGCCUUCCCAGACCUUCCACCUUAGGUUCUGCUGCAAAAAGCAACAGGUAAGCACAACCUAAGGACAUAUAUAAAUAAAUAUUUCAAUACAUUAAUGUUGUCCCUGUGAGGUUUUUGUGGUUGUGUAUUCAAAAGCAAUCUGCUACUGCUUCCCCAAAAUGUAUCUUGUUAUUUAUGCUACUAUUUCAGUGGAAAGUCUGUAAGUUGUUCAAACAGCUGUUUACAUUUCUAGGUAAUGUUUUUAUUUUAAUUAAACAAGAAUGAUGAGUAGAUUGCUGCUGUAAUUGAACUACAUCACCCUUUGUAAUCUUUUCCCAUAGAAAAAUUGUUACAUUUAAGAAAAGGCAAUUACAUGGAUUUUAAGAUUUAGGAAGUCACUUGGUCAGAAAGUUCAACAGCCUUCACAAUCUAUUUAAGAUUGAUAGGACAUUUCUUUGCCCUCCAAAGCUAUGGAGUCUUUGUUUUUUUCUUAUUCUUGAACUAGAGCAAUUCAGUGAGGCCAUUAUGCGUUAGAGUUUUAUUAUGUCUCCUUUUUAGACAGUUUGGGUUUUAUAACUUUUAUAUACACUGAAAAAGGAAAAAAAUUUUAAAGAAAACUGGCAGUAUGUUUUGAUAAAAGGCAUGUGCAUCAGUGAAAUGGUAACUGUUUAGCAAAUAACCUUGCAUAAUCUGUAUAGCAACCAGUAUUUUUCUGAUUUAUAAUAUUUUAAUAACUGACGCUGAAUUUAUUUCAUUUUUUUUUAUUUUUUUAUUUUUAUUUUUUUGCCAGUUUAAAAUGUUUGUGUGUUCUUAUUGAUGAUUUUGACUGGUACAUAUUUUGAGUUAAGAUGAAUGUUUUAAAGCAGCAUCAUAUCAGUUUUGUUUAUUCUAUUUCUAAAAUGUGCUGAUCCUUUUAAAACUCCUGCUUAUCUCUACAACAAAGAAAAAUAUUCAAAAAUACUGCCUUCAUUUUCACACACAGUGCUGAAGAUGCUGCAAGCACCAAAUCAUAGCUCAUAAAAUCAGGUCCUGAGAUAGUUACCCAUAAAGAGGAAUCCUUUGAGUGUAUGCCAUUGGUGAGCCGAUGAGCAUGGACCAUAGAAGGGCUCAAUGUAGAAGGUAAAAUUGGCGAAUCAUAAUUGAGAAAUAUGAAAUGUAUUCCCAUACAUAAUAUGGUAUAGGGUAUAAUGUACCUGCUUUUGAUCACUUCAUUUUAAAGUGCUAUUCACUUGCUCUUAAAUGUUCCGUGAACUGUUAAGUUUCAUAAGUUAUGUAGUUAUUGCACCACAUUUGUGUGUGUGUAUGCACGCGCGUGCGCGUGUGUGUGUGUGUGUGUGUGUGUGUGUGUGUUUGAUAGUCAAUGAUAGGUAUGUUAAGAUAAUAUAAAGGAGCUCUUUGAACUUUCAGAGAUUGUCAAGUUUGGGUUAGCUGUAGCUUGCAUUUUUACAAAAGAAAAUACAGAUGAAUGCUAAUAGAUAUUGGGGCAUUGUUUCUGUCUUAUGAGAAAUUUUUGUCAUUACCAUAAGCCUUCACUAAUACUGCAAGCAUUUUUUUAAUGGCGCUAAUCUUAACCUUGAAGUUAAUGCAAAGCAGAAAAGGUGAGCCAGUUGGUUUGAAUGCAAUGGGUGUUAGGAGUGGUAGAAACAAUGUUUAGUUUAGAUUGAAAUUGAACUGACUUUUGAACUGACUUAUUUUAUUUUGCACUUAAAUUUUGAAAAUGUUUUUUUUGAAGAUAUGUUAGUGUGAUACUUAGAAUUCUUAUGUUUUGAUGUUUCUUUUAGAAAUGAGAAGUAUGCUUUUAUUUUUAACAAAUGGUUAGAACUAGUCAUUUAAUACUAGUUGUUUAUAGACAUUGUAAAAUAUAUCCUUAGACAAAUACUUUGGUAGUUAAUUCAGAAGGGUGGGUUUGGGUAGGAGUAGCAGAGUACCUUAAGAGAGAAAGAGGAAUAUACGCAGAAGGGAUAACAUUUCAUUUGUGUAAAUACUCUGCCAAGAGAAUCAGUUCUAUCUGCACAGUUGUCUGUUGUCUAGAGUAGGGGUAUAGAAAUUAGUAAUCAAUGAGGAUGUCUUAUUUUUAGUUCUUGAAAAUUCUGCCUCGUUUUAAAAUGUAUUUUAACAAUACCUAAAAGCUAAUUUUGAGUCUGAAAAUAACCUUAUUUUUUGCUUAGUCACUUGAGUUUUAUUGCCACAGUAUAAACUUCUGAGGGAUUUUUUACAUUGGUGUUUCUAAGAAGCAAAUAAAUCCCAGGGUUUUAUUUUCUUCAUUUAUACCCCUAUAGAAACUCUUAAAUGUACUUGCACAUAUAUAUAUUUUUUCUUAUGCAUGCUCGAUGCAUUUUCGUCCUGAGAAAAGUGUUCUCUACAGAAACUACCCGUGUGUAAAAAGAAGAUUGGCUUAAAAUGGCUACUGUGAUGGGAACAGUGUCUUAGGGAGAUGCAGCUUGGACUGGAGGUAAAUUGAAUACUUUACAAACUGUGGUUUAGAGUUUGCUUUAAUGACAUUGUAUGUAAAAGGACACAUGAUUGCUGUAAUUUUGUAUUAUGGUUUCCUCAAUAAAAAAAUAAAUGUACAUUGAUGAAUAUUA